AACCGCUGGCACUUCUUUUCUCCUGUGUACAUUAAAAUCUCUUAUCUGUGUACGACGAAAUUUGCACGAUGAGAGGGAACGUCUCGCGGCACCGCAUCGAUACACGUACGGUCUCGUGUCGUAUGGCUGCGCCCGCUGCGAAAUACGACCCGGCAGCUCGUCCAUGUCGCGAAAUGCAUUGGUAGAGUGUGUUCCGUCGGUGCGCCGAGGACGGUCUCGCUGCGUCGUGCAAACCUUCGUCGACGCAUCAUGUAACGUUAGUGCAACGUGCCGCGUUAAUCCAUCCGUCUUCCAUGCACUGUUACCUAUAGCGGAAUCUUUCGGUUUUGUUCCUUAUGUGAUCUACGAUGGGUGAAUGUCUCACCCUUGGUGAAACAAUGACUUCAGGCUACUUUGCAUUGCCGCUUAACAUGGACAGAGUGUGCAGGAUUUGUCUCACCGAGGGUACCAAUCUGUCGCCGAUCUUCUCCGCUAAUCAAGAGGUGAACGAUUUCUCGUGUCUCUCACAGAAGAUACAGGUUUGUGGCUCCAUCGAGAUACACGAGCAGGAUGGGUUACCCUCCCUGAUAUGUGAUGUCUGCGCAUACAAAGCCAGUGUGGCGCACGAGUUCAGGCAACAGUGUCAGCACUCUGACGUGAAGCUGCGCAUGUACUAUAACAAGCCUGCCAAGUGUAACAUCACCGAUUCUGGUACACAGACAGAUCUACAGGCAAGGUACGUGCUGUCAAAGAAGUCGGAGCACAUUCAAGAUGAGUACUUUGUGAAAGAGGACAUGCACAUGAUCGCAAACCCGCAAGAGUACAUACAAUCCGCUGACACCUUUCCCAGAGGUGAAGCCAGUUUAAGUACCAAUCAGAUUCAGAUGGCCGAUGAGAAACUGUUCAUAUGUUCCAUCGGGUUUGAAACGAGCAAAGAGGAGGAGAAGGAUCCUUGCGUGCCAGAGAACGAGGUGCACCAAAUGACGAUGACGCAGGAGGAGGUGCAGGAUCCGCCUAACAUCAUCUGCUUGCAAAGCAAGGACGACGAGGCCAAGGAGGCUGCUGAUCAGUACAUGGAGAAGAACGGUACGGAGCAGGAGGAGCAGUUCGUCAGUGAAAGCUUGCUGAACGACAAUGUAGAGGAGGAGGAGGAGGAGGAGGAGGAGAGCGUCCCGCAGAAGCGCAUGUCCACGAGGAAGACGAAAUCGGCGUCGGCCAAGACGUACAGCGACGACGACAUCGGCGACAAUUAUUACGAGCCGAGCAGCGACAGUCAGGACUCGGUGGAGUCGAAGUUCAAGUGCAAGGUCUGCUUCAAGCAGUACGCCACCCAGAAAGGCCUGAAGAAGCACUCGCUGGUCCACGAGAAGAAGUACAAGUGUAACGUCUGCCUGAAGAUGUUCUACAAGCAGGAGAACAUGGAGAACCACCAGAAGAUACACAUGUCGAAACCGCACGCGUGCCAGCUCUGCCACGCGUGCUUCUCCAAGCCGCAGAGCCUCGUGAGGCACUUGAAGUCCCACACGGACAAGGUGAACGACAUGAUCAAGCAGAUCAACACGAGCGAGCGGAAGGACGGCAAGGAAGGAGUUCCGAAGAAGGAGUUCAAGAGCGAGGACGACACCGAGGACGAGACCGAGCCCGCGAACGAAGCGGACGAGUUCGAGAAUGCGCCCGAGCUGUACAAGUGCGAGAUUUGCAGUCAGUAUUGCUCGUCCUUGAAGAACCUCAGGAGACACGCUCUCGUGCACGGCGACAAGAAGUACUCGUGCACCGUGUGUAAGAAGUGGUUCUUCAGGCCGGACACGCUGAAGAAACACGCGGAGAAGCACGGGCACGGGCUGCUGGACAAUUUAGCGGACGACAACAAGCUGUACGACUCGGACGACGACGAUAUGCCAAGCAAUAACGCGGUGGAGGUGGUCGUGCCUGAGAACGAGACGAUGAAGAAGGAAGAGAGCGACGAGGAGGGGUCUGGAGAGUACAAGUGCCAACACUGCGACAAGGUGAUGGCUACCAAGAAGGGCCUCCGGCGGCACGUGUCGAUGCACAAGCCGAAGGCCGAGCCCGUGGUCUGCGAGAUCUGCAGGAAGGUCUGCGCCAGUCAGGCCCGUCUCGUUCUCCAUCAAAAGACGCACAAGCCGAAGCAGAAGGUGCUGCGCGAGUACCUGUGUCACAUAUGCAGCAAGGUGUAUCCGAGCAAUUCGUCCCUCACGUAUCACAUGCGUACCCACACCGGCGUGAAGCCGCACGUCUGCAAGACGUGCAACAGCGGCUUCACGACCACGACGAGCCUGGCGAAUCACAUCCGCAUACACACGGGUGAUAAGCCGUUCAUCUGCCACGUGUGCAGCGCCGCGUUCGCCGUCAACUCGGCCUUCCGCCGACACAUGACGCGGCACACCGGCGAGGCGAAAUACCUAUGCAAAACGUGCGGCAAGGCCUUCAAGAGACUCAGCACGCUGAAGGAGCACACGUACACGCACUCUGGCGAGAAGCCCUACGUCUGCAAAACGUGCGGCGCCGCGUACAGCCACAGCGGCAGCCUCUUCGCGCACCAGAAGCGCUGCCGUGCCCAGUACAGCGAGAUGAUCGUCGACGAUCACAAUCAUCAUAUGCCGCAUACGGUCACUCACAUUCACGUCAACAUGAACAACGUGAACAACGGGACAGCUGUACGACCGGUAGCUGUGAUAGGUCAGAUGUUCUAAGGCAGGCCAAGUGAUAUCGCGAACUUUCGUGUUACUAGAAGUGACUAGAUGGAUCCUAUAUCAUACGCAGAGAAAGAAACUGUUGCUAAGCAACUGCAAAUUUUCUGCAACAGGGAGUGUGCAUAAACGUAAAAGCAUACGUGAACGACAAGAGCUAGAGUAUCAUCUGUAAAUAUAGCAACUCCUGUCUCGCAACGAGAAACAUUCUCUGGACAUACCUGCACUCAAUGUUGACGCUAGUGCUUUGGUUUUAGAAUCGUGUAAACAAUUAUGGUCUGUGGUUUGAUGAAAUUAAACGUGAUCAGAUCGAGAUACAUGAUGAACAGUUUUGCAAAUAGAUGAAUGAUUGUCAUCAGUGGAAUAAACUACCGCCAUCAGAAUCGUGAACUAUUUUUUUAUUAUUUGAUGUCGUAGAGUAUGAAUAUAAGGACGCUGCAUAUAUCGAUAUAUGACCGUAUAUGUACACGUAAUAUAUACAUAUAUAUUUUUAUAUGUAUUCGUAUAAUCCGGAUCUUGUUGUACCACAUAUUACAUGACAGUUUACGUUAUUGCUUUCGAGAAAUUUAAUCCAUUCUUAAUGUAACGAAAAUUCGUUAGGAACACACAUUUUUUCUUUUUUAGAGUAAGAAAUUCACAUAACCGACACGCGUAAAUCUGUCUAAAAGUGACACGAAUUAUACUAGUUAUUGAUUGGUCUUUAGAAUUAGCUGAAAAACUUUUCAUAGUUGGCAUGGAAAAAUAGUGAGGCGCUAGAAAUGUAAUAUCAGGUAUACAACUUCUGGGCUGUGAUUAUCACGUAAAUGAUAAGUAUGAAUAAUGGAAGGAACCGAUAAAUUUUAUUCAUUUUUAAUAAAGCGAAUCGGCACGUUUCACCGCAUCAAAGCACGUCGUAGCUGAACAAGAAACAACCAUAUUCACACCCUGUACAUUUACAUAAUAACUUAUUAAAUAAUAACUUACCCGAAAUAUGAAAUGAUUAUCAAUUAUUACCAUGCUGCAUAAAUAUCAUUAUGUAAAACCUUGAUUUUUGUGGUUUUUGCAUUUCUUUAUUAUCUUUGUUAAAAAAUAAAUUGUAAUGUUUCAUAGCUCAUUACAUAUUUCAUUUAAUUUUUACACAAUAUUAGAGUAAAGAUACAGUUUUGAAGAAAAUUAUGUAAUAAUUUUAAAUUGAACAAAGAUAAAUGAGAAAUGUAUAAUUAUACAUAUGGAUAAGAUUAAUUACUAAACAGGCUGUAGACGAGACUGAUUAUCUUAUUCAUUUGAAUAUAUAAUAUUUGAUAAUGUAAAAAGUGUAUUGUAAAAAUUUUAUUCUCUCCAUCAUUAAGUAAAGUAUGAA